GUACACUGACGGUUUUCAAUUACCAACAUAAAUUUGAAAAGUGAAACAGACGAUGGGGAAGAACAGCUGGCACGUUUCUAGACCACCCUUAAUAAUCGCUUUUUCAUUUUUCUGCCAAAACGUACAAUAACUCUAAACCAACUGACUUCCUUCCGUAAAGAAGUCAUUAGAUUUCCCGCGUUGGACUUAGCCCGGAGCGUUUCAACUUACUCUGUAGUCUAUAAUUCAUGCAAUUUAACCAGGUUCGUUGAAUACAGCAACGUAAUUAAUAAACAUAAUUCAAGGCGGCUCUUGCAUUCACAAUGUCACAGUGGUUCUAGAAAAAGCUGACAUUCAAAUGUUGUCGGAGGGUGCUAAUUAAUGCGCGGUAUCGGUGUUUGCGACGAGAAAGUCAUAUAAGCUUCGUGUCUAACCAUAUGUGUGCUUCAUAUAGUCCAGAACUAACUGCAGCUUUGUCUCUGGGAAGCAGCUGUGAGAUUUUUGCAUAACAGAAAAAUCGAUCAGAAGCCUGCUCAUAACAGAUGGAUUUUCUCUCCCAGAUUAACCACCUCUUUCGACGUGAUAUUUCGGAGCAAAUCCAGAAUUUCAUCAACGGUGAGUUCGUUCCUCCAGAAGAUGGAAAGUUCGCUGAUACGUUUAAUCCAAGUACAGGGGAAGCGUUAUGCAAAUACCCUCUCUCGACUGUGAAGGAUGUAGAAAGGGCUGUAGACGCUGCCAAGUCUGCAUUUAACCUGUGGUCCAAAGUUUGUAAGAAUGAGAGAGCAAAUAUUCUAAACCAAGUGGCAAAGUUAUUGGGAAAGAGGUCUGAGGCUUUCAUUCGUGCCGAGAUUAUGGACCAGGGUCGAGCAAUCCACGGUGUAAGCAAGGAAGACAACGACAUUGCGAGAGAGGUUCUCAAUAUCAAAUAUUUUACUGCGCAAGCGGUCGCUACCAUGGAAUCAGCAACGAAAUCACAAGAUUCUGUCAGCUAUACUUCACGGUAUCCUCUUGGUGUUGUUGGAAUAAUCACCUCGUGGGCAUCUCCUCUGCAUUCGAUUUUACGGCACGCGAUCCCAGCGCUAGCCAGUGGCAAUUGCGUGGUUAUAAAACCUUCCUCUUUGGCUCCAGUUGAAGUCCACUUGUUGGCCAAAACAUUCAGUGAUGCGGGGAUUCCAAAAGGUGUCGUGAAUGUAGUUUACGGUAAAGGGGACGUUCUCGGGAGAGCUAUGGCUGCGCAUCCAACUGUAAAAGCUUUGGCACUGGCAGGAAGUGAGAGGACUGCAUCUGCCAUACUUGCCGUGGGUCAGCUUCUUUAUACAAAAAAGUUUACCUUUCAUUUGGGAAACUGUCAUCCGAUGAUCGUCUUCGAAGAUGCAAAUUUAGAGGAAGUUCUCCCGGUUGCAAUCAGAGGAAGUUUUCUUCGCAACGAGGGUCAAAACGUCCAUUCUAUCAAUCGCAUUUACGUCCACGCAUCCAUCCUACAAACAUUUACUGAAAAAUUCAUCAGAGUGGUACAAAGGUUGAAGAUUGGCAGUGCGCAUGAGACAGGAAUACAGGUUGGUCCUUUAAUCAGCAAGGACCAUCGCCAAAGGAUCAUAGGUCUUAUUCAAGGUGCAGUAAACGAUGGAGCAGAGCUUCUAUGGGGCGGAAAAAUUCCAAAACUUGACAGCAAGUUAGGCAAAGGUUUCUUCUUGGAGCCCACGAUACUUGGAGGUUUCCAAAGUUCAACCAUCAAUACCAUAAACACCUUAGAGGUUCAAGGACCUGUGGUAAGAAUUAUACCGUUUCGUAACGCAAACGAGGCUAUAGAAGCAGCAAACGGCACAAUGUACGGUUUAUCAGCCUCUGUCUGGUGCAAAGAUGUUAAAGUGGCUCACAAAAUUGCAGACCAGCUAAAUGUUGGCUCUGUAUGGAUUAACAGCUGGCUUCCAAACGAACCUAACAUGCCUCACGAAUCCUGGAAGCAGAGUGGACUGGGACGAACCGGAGGGGCUUACUCCAUAGAUUUCUAUACCGAACUGAAAACUGUUAGCAUAAAAUUCUGAAUCACUACAGCCAAAUCUCGUACCAUGCAAUUUCUUUGUAAUUUUUUAAUUAAAAAAAGCCCACUCUUUGGAGUGUAAAAUAUGUAGAUUAACCAGUGAACAUCAUUUCAAAGGAUCUCAAAGUCCUUGAAAAACCUGCCGCAGAUGCAGAGCACCAAUUUCUUUAUCUAGUUAACGCUUUAUAUAACGAAACAUUUAUUUUUUUCCUUUGUUUCUGACAUUUCCAACGAGUAUUCAUAGCGUAAUUAACUUAUCAAUAAAGGACUAAAAGUAAUCCGGGGAAUUGCUUUGGUUUCACA